AUGGCGGCGCUGCGAUGCGCGCCGUGCGGCUGGAGGCGAGUCUUGGCGGCGGGGGUGCUGAUGGCGCUCGCGCUGGUUGCGCUCGAUAUCGCGACCGACUAUGACGAGGACGACGAUGCGGGCUUGCGACCACGCGGCAUGCUAUUUGAUGAGCUGGAUGAUGACGGCCCGGAUGAUCUCUGGACUUCUCAAUCGUUCUCCUCGCCCACUCUCCUCGCUCAUUCUCGUCCCACCACCGCCCCCCAUGCCCAUGCGCCGCGCGCGUCGCAGGGCGAGCUGGGCGAGAGGGUGCACGCGGUGUGCGCGGCGUCCGCCAUGACGGCGCUGAGCUCGCUGCUCACGCUCGCCGUGUGGCCGGCCGACCGCCACAUGCCGCACGUCCGCUUCUCCCACCUCUUCUCCCUCACGCCGCCCGCGCCCGCCUCCUUUUCUGCCGACACCCCUGCCACGCCUGUUGCCAACGUCACGGCGGGGGCUGGCGGGGGGGCGAGAUGGGAGAGGAAGAGUGCGUUCGUGGGCGGGCCGGAGCGGCGAGUGUGGGUGCGCGAGUCAGCGCUGCCUGCUGCGGCGUGGAGGAGCGGGCUCAACCUUGCCAGGCGCACGGUACACCUCCUUGCCGUUGCCGCCACCCCUCUCCCCUUUCACACUCAUCCUCGCACCUCACUCACCCCUCCUCACCCCUCACCCACCCCUCGUCUCCCCGCAGUCACUUACCCCUCCUCCACGCGUGCAUGCCUGCGUCCCACCGGCCAGCCUCGUCCACUUCACCUCUCUGCGUCCUCACAUCUCAUCUUUCCCUCGUGCUUGCCACUCCCACUCUCUCCUACCUCCCCCUAUCUCCGCUUUAUCCCAAACUCCCGCCUCCAACUCCCCCUCCUCCCCCCAUGGCGGCCAGGUGGUGAUACCGGGGUGUCCGCAGGGCUCAACGGCGGAGGCGCAGGGCGGGGGGGCGGGGGGCAGCAGAGGGGGCGGGGGGGGGGGCAGCACGGCGGUGCACCUCUUCCUGUCGCCGGACGCCGUCAACUGGCUCGGCCUCGUGAGCCCCACUCCCUCCCUCCUACCUCCGCUGCCAUCCGUGCACUGCCUCCCAUGCGCACUGCCUCCCAUGCGCACUGCCUCCCAUGCGCACUGCCUCCCAUGCGCACUGCCUCCCAUGCGCACUGCCUCCCAUGCGCACUGCCUCCCAUGCGCACUGCCUCCCAUGCGCACUGCCUCCCAUGCGCACUGCCUCCCAUGCGCACUGCCUCCCAUGCGCACCUGCCUCCCAUGCGCACCUGCUGUUCGCUGCCGGACGCGUGUGCGUUUGAGCGCGCCAUGGGGGCGUGCAUGGCGGCGCUGCACCCCUCGCCGCCCGUGCAGCAGCUGCUGCAGCAAGAGAACGCCACGCGCCUGCACGCCUCCUAUGGCGUCUUCGUGGAUACGCUGGCAGCAGCGGGGUGCAGCGGGUGUCCGAGCAGCAACGGGUCGACGGCGGUGGAGUGUGUGAUGCGGCGCGUGACCAUGAGCUUCCUCAAGGACCCCUCCAAGGGCUUCACUCUCGCCGCCUCCAACCCCCACCACACCGCUGCCGUCGCCGACUUCUUCCACCCGCACCGUGCGCCCGCCCUGCUGCACGCCACGCUGCUGCGCGCCACCACCUGCCCCUUCGGCGAGCACGUCACCGCUGCCCCCGGCCCGCGGAACUUGCCGCCGGGGACCAGUGCAGCCGCCCUGCAGGCACUGCUGGCAGGCGCCGUGGCAGGGGGUGGCGGAGGAGCAGGCGAUGGGGGCGGCAGUGGAGGGGGGGAGGAGGUGGCGGUGCUGCUGCCUUUCAACAACCGCGUCACACCGGAGCAGCUGCUGCUGUGCCUGCAUGCACGGGUGGCGGAGCUGUAUGCGUUGAGUCGCACGCGGGGGCUCAUCGCGGUGAACUCGUCGUCGGCGGAGGCGCGCUUCAUUGCGGCGCACGGCAGCGCUGCCAGCGAGCUCUUCCGCGUGCAGCGAGCCGUGUGUGACUCGCCGCCGCUGCGCCCCAUCACCCACCUCAAGUUCGCUAGAUACACCAUCGUGGAAGAGCGCCUGGGAGUGAUGUACUGCGGGGUGCCCAGUGUGGCGUCCACGGCGUGGCUCACGUGGCUGCGCGCGCGCCUGGGGCUGCCCUCGGCACGAGAGGGCCACGUGGCGGUGGACGACCGCGAUGGCGGGCUGCACGAGCUCGCGCUGCACUUCACCGAGGCCCAAGCCGUGCGCAUCAUCACGCGGCCGGACCUGCUGCGCUUCACGUUUGUGCGCAACCCCUUCUCGCGCCUCGCCUCCACCUUCCGCUCCACCGUGCUCGCCUCCCACCACAGCCUCGCGCCCACCUCGCGCGACCACUGGAGCAAUGCAUUGUUCCGGGCGGUGCGGCCCAUAGUGGAGGCGGUGGUGCGGGAGGGCGAGGGGCAGCUGUCCUUCCCGUCCUUCGUGCGCCUCGUGGGCCGCCUCAUGGACCACAGCCGCCCCCUCAUGGACUCCCGCAUAGCGCCUCAGGUGGACGUGUGUGCGCUGUCGACCAUCAAGUACGACGUGGUGGGCCGCGUCGAGAGCCUGCUGGACGACGCCCGCGCUGUCGUGGACCGCGUGGGCGGCGCGGGGCAAAACGCACAGCUGGAGAUUUUUGAGGAGGACGGCACAGGGAAGGGUGCAGACGCUGAUGCCAGCCUUGCACGGCUGUAUGACAAGGACACAUACGAGGCGGUGAAGAGCAUAUACGCCAUGGACUUCUAUGUGGCGCUCAACAACAUCACACAGCCCGCGCCCCAUGUGCUGCACGACCUGCUCGAGAGCGAGCUCUGA